AUGGCAGACGAGAAAUCAGUUGAGGCUUUCCUGGAUAACAAUCCACAGGUGGCCAAGGCGUACUAUGAGAAAAAGAUGAAGGCCGAGAUGAUAUCCUCUGCGUUCACAGAGAAGAUAGACAUCAAGGACACCGCCUCAUUCAAGGAUGCUACCCAGAUUGUGGAGGCUUCAUUUAUUUAUGAGGUGGUGAAGAUGAUGCAGACCCCGGGCCCUUGGGAGAGAUGUCUGCACAAGGUCCUGCAAAGAAUGGCCCUGUUGCUCAAGGCCGACAGGUGCAGUUACUUUUUUAGCAGGUCUCGCAACGGCACCCCGGAGCUCUCCACCCUGCUCUUUGAUGUGACCCCCACUUCAGAGUUUCCGAAGAAUCUGGUGAAUCCAGAUGCGGAGAUAGUGUUCCCCAUGGACAUGGGAAUAGUUGGCAAGACGGCAACGGCCAAGAAGAAUUUUAAUAUCCCGGAUGUGAAACAGAAUGGGAAUUUUAGUGACUUUGUGGACAAGACGACAGGAUACACAACCAAGAAUUGUCUCACCGCUCCCGUCAUCAGUGGAAAGGAUGCUGUGGGUGUUGUGAUGGUCUUGAACAAGCAAGGAGCCAAUGAGUUCUCCAAAGAGGAUGAAGAUAUGUUCAGUAAAUACAUGACUUUUGCCAGCGUGAUCGUUCUGCAAGCGCACACAGCCUACAUGCACAAUGUGGAGUCCAGAAAAGCUCAGGUGCUUUUGUGGUCAGCCAGCAAGGUGUUUGAGGAGCUUACAGACAUUGAGAGGCAGUUUCACAAGGCCUUGUACACCGUCAGGAUUUACCUGGAUUGUGAAAGAUACUCUGUGGGUCUACUGGACAUGACCAAAGACAAGGAAUUUUUCGACGAAUGGCCUAUCAAAUUGGGAGAGGAGGAGCCAUACAAGGGCCCAAAGACCCCAGACGGAAGAGAAGUGAACUUCUACAAGAUCAUUGAUUAUCUCCUUGAGGACAAAGAAGAAAUUAAAGUUAUCCCAGCUCCGACACCAGAUCACUGGGCGCUUGCCAGUGGCCUUCCCACAUACGUUGCUGAAAAUGGCUUUAUUUGCAACAUGAUGAAUGCCCCAGCCGAUGAAUACUUCACCUUUCAGAAAGAAGCUGUAGAUGAAACAGGCUGGAAGAUUAAGAACGUGCUUUCACUUCCCAUUGUCAACAAGAAGGAAGAAAUAGUGGGAGUCGCCACUUUCUUCAACAGAAAGGAUGGCAAGCCAUUCGAGGAGAACGAUGAACAAAUUACUGAGGGACUUACUCAAUUUUUGGGGUGGUCAACAUUGAACUGUGACACGUACGACAAGCUGAACAGAAUGGAAUGGAGGAAAGACGUUGCCCAGGAGAUCCUCAUGUACCAAACCAGAGCCACUCCUGAGGAGGUCCAAUCCAUCCUGAACACAAAGGAGAAGUUUGACAAGAUGCCUGAAGACUGUGAUCAGAAAGAGAUGUACAAGCUUUUGAGAGCAAACGUUCCUGAGUGCAAAGAUGUGGACCUGUUAGAAUUCCGCUUCAGUGACUUCCCCUUGAAAGAAUAUGACCUCAUCAAAUGUGGAAUCCGCUGCUUCUUCGAGCUUGGAGUUGUGGAGAAGUUCAAAGUACCUGCAGAGGUACUAACAAGGUGGAUGUACACAGUGAGGAAAGGCUAUCGAGAUAUCACCUACCAUAACUGGAGACAUGGAUUCAACGUGGGCCAGACCAUGUUCACCCUCUUGAUGACGGGCAAGCUAAAGAAAUACUACACAGACCUGGAAGCCUUUGCCAUGGUUGCUGCUGGAUUCUGUCACGAUAUCGAUCACAGGGGAACCAACAAUCUCUACCAAACAAAGAGCGCCUCUCCACUGGCCAGACUGCACUCGUCCUCCGUCAUGGAGCGCCAUCACUUGGAGUUCAGCAAAAACAUCAUGGAAGACGAGCACAUCAACAUCUUCCAGAACCUUCAGAAGCGCCAGUUCGAGACUGUGCAGCAUCUCUUCACCGUGUGCAUAAUUGCCACUGAUCUGGCUCUCUACUUCAAGAAAAGGACCAUGUUCCAGAAGAUAGUGGAUACCGUGGAGCCCAUGGGUGAAGAGAAAGAAAUCAUCAACUACAUCUCCAACAAUCCCACGAGAAAGGAGAUCAUUAUGGCAAUGAUGAUGACAGCUUGUGACUUGUCGGCCAUUACAAAGCCAUGGGAGGUGCAGAGCAAGGUUGCUGUGAUGGUGGCAUCCGAGUUUUGGGAGCAGGGAGACCUGGAGAGAACUGUGCUGGAACAAGAGCCUAUUCCUAUGAUGGACAGGAACAAGGCUGAAGAAUUACCCAAAAUGCAGUGCGGCUUCAUCGACUUUGUCUGCACAUUUGUGUACAAGGAAUUUGGGAGAUUCCAUAAAGAAACUAACGACAUGUUCAAUGGAUUGACCAACAAUCGUGUGGAGUGGAGGAAACUGGCCGAUGUGCAUGAAGCCAAGCUUAAAGCCAUCGAGGACGCAAGGAAGAAAGCAGAGGGUAUAGUCGACCCACCCCCUGAAACUGAAGGUGGGAAAUCAAAAACCUGCACAGUAUGUUAGCCUUCUCAAGGCCACUCACCGCUGGAAAAGAAAACCGACUUCCUUGAGCCUGAAGCAGACGAUGAAACUCUACUCUGCCAAUGGGGGAAGACCACAGGCCAGGACCCUCAUUACUUAUGUGAAUAUGUUUAAUAUGACACAAGGAAAAACCUGAAUGAAAAGAAAGAAUACUGAAAUAUCGAGACAUGUACUGUAUUGCCUGGAUCAAAAAAACAAGUGAUACUUUUUUUUUGGCUGACUAAAAGUAAAUUUCUUAUACAACUGGUCAGCUGCAAAUUUUGCACUUCGUGCCAAAUGAUGGCAUUUAUUAAAUAGUCAAGCAUAACCUCAUAAUGUAAAUGACUAUGGUAAUAUUACAGUUGCCACACUCAGCUUUUGUUGAGUUAAAGAAUGUUGGCAUAUAGAACCAAUUACUACUGUACGUUGCAUUUUCAUUUGCAUGUUGCAUCAUUACCAAACCUGCAAGUGCAACUAUUACUACUAGUAGGAUACUGAUUGCUACUAUGGCUAAGGCCCUGUGGUUAGUUGUAUACCUCUGGUUGUCAAUCCAGGCAUCCUACUAGAUGAACCAAGUUUUGCAAAAUGCUUUGGUUCACAAGUCCGAAUGCAGCGAAACACCACAGAGAAAAAAAAACACAAAAAGAUGCUCAGCGUGUUGUAUGUCUGCCACAACUCUGUCAGUUCAUACUAUUUCCAAAUGAUCACGCAAACUUGGGCUUAUUUGUGUGUGCAGAUAUCAGCUAGCUCAUUGACAAAAUGUCUAUGAAUUCUUUACAAUAGGCAAGACAGUCAAACUGGAAUUAUUUUUUUCACUGUAUGUACUAUAAAGAAUGUUUCCGCCAAAUGAAAAUAAGUUAAAUUAAACUCUAAAGAAAAACGGUUUAUCAUUCCCCCCGAAUAUUAUAUAGGUGUACACAUACUGUUAUUAUAUAUGAUUAGAAUUUUUCAAUACCAAAAAAUAUUUAAUUAACAAAUGUAUGUUCAUGUAAUGUAUGUAUGAAAGCUGAACGUUUAAUAAAAUAGUUAUUUGCUGUAAAAAUGCUUUGUUAAGUGAUAGACAGGAUGCAAGCAAUUUGAAAUGCAAAAAGGAGAGGGCCGUAAGAAGAUUUGUAAGGAUUGGAUUUUGCUGUAAGCCUGCUUUGAAGAUUCCCAAAGACUUAGGACCAUGCAUGUUGGCUGUAAAUUGUCCAAGCCAGUGUCUGUACUCAUGACCAAAGACCAUUCACAUGUGAAAUGGCAGUUUACUAUAACAUGAAGAUUAUGUUACAUUCUAUGUGGAAAACAUUAUGAUUAUUAUUAUCAUGUUAUUCAGGUGUACUACUAUUGUAUUGUAACAAUUAUUACACAAUUUUUCAGUCAUGAUUCUGACAAUGGUUUGGGUGUUGUAUGAAGGCCUUUAAAAGGCUGUGAACCUGUUUAUACUAUGAAGAGACAAAACUAAGCAGGAUAUAUUUUGUUAUUACAUCAGGAAAUGAUUGGAAGGAACAGGUGACCCAAUCGUAUUUAUUAACAGCAAUAAUUAAUUAAUAAAUCAUAUCACAAUGUCAGGAACACUUUCAACUCAAUAUAUGAGGAAAAAUACUAGCCUGAUAAACCAGACUAAAUGUGGAUGUCUAAUUUAGUCUGGCCUCGAUGCAUAAUACAUCCGAAGAUUGUUGAUGAGAACAACCUUCCCUCAAAACCCUGCCGCUUUGAUUCAAAACACAUCUUUGCGUUGUAAUUGGUUUGCCAGAUUCAUGGCAUUCUGACUUCAUUGAAUCAUUAUGCGAGGCCAGACCCACCCGUAGACAAAACAUUUUGCCGUCCAGCGGUUGGCGCUGGUUCACCAGGCUAGAAAAAUACUGCAAGCACUUGAUAUUUCUUCAACUUAUGAGAUGACAUUCAAGCACGUUAAAGUAUUUUCAUUUUAUUUUUUUAUUUAUGCAUUUGCUAAAUAGCAAUUUAAUAAAGGUACCGACAUUAUCACUACAGAAACACUUGUAGACAUUUUCUUGCUGUCACACAUGGCUGGGAGGUACUAAAUAAAGACUUUUCAUGUAUGCAUACUGUAUGUUCCCUGUGUGUCGUAAUCUCUUCAAAGCAACUUUCUUGCUCACUGACAUAG